CUUGAAAUUACAGCGUCACUUUGUAAAGUCCCUCAAAUACAACAAAACUGCGCCUUUAUCGCCUCCGCGGGCGACAUGAACGGCCCUCGAAACAAGCCGUCGCAGGCAGCCGGUAAGGGACAGAAGGACGCGGACAAAGCGAUGGAGAGCAGCAGCCGGGACCGGAAGACCGGCGGAGGAAUGCUGAGGAAGCUGAAGUCGAGGCGCAGCCACCCGGAUAAGUGGCCUUCGGUCACAGAGGAUGAGCUCCGGGCUUUGGGGACAGAUAUUUCCCCGGACCAUGUUCUGGGUCUGCGGGUUGUCACGGAAGACUAUCUUUGCAGACCCGAGGAUAAUAUUUACGACAUCGACUUCACACGGUUCAAAAUCAGAGACCUCGAGACGGGCACAGUUCUUUUUGAGAUAGCCAAGCCUCCAAACAGCGGUCUCGUGGAGAAAGAAGAGGAGAGUGGGGAUGCAGACUCCAGCGCAGGGCGCUUCGUCAGAUACCAGUUCACACCAGCCUUCCUGAAACUGCGCACCGUCGGGGCGACCGUUGAGUUUACAGUGGGCGACCGGCCCAUCAACAGCUUCCGGAUGAUCGAGAGGCAUUACUUCCAGGGACGGCUGCUUAAGAACUUCGACUUCGACUUCGGCUUCUGCAUACCCAACAGCCGCAACACCUGCGAACACAUUUACGAGUUUCCACAACUCCCCGAAGACCUGAUUCGCCAAAUGGUGGAGCACCCAUAUGAAACCAGAUCAGACAGUUUCUAUUUUGUGGACAACAAACUGAUCAUGCACAACAAGGCAGACUAUGCCUACAACGGCGGGCUUUAAGGUCUGAAAGUAGAAAUGGGCCCAGGAUCUCCUAGUUGAAGUCUCCUAGAUUAUACCCCCCCCUUCUAAAGCCCGUUUUAAAAGAGGGGGCCGAAGUAUUUUUUUCUUUUUUUGUGGACAUUCUGAGAAACCUGAAACCUUAAAUCAAAACAGACCACCUCUGCCUUACUCUGAAGACAUGGGUCCGUUACAAAGUACCUCAGAGAAGCUCAGCUUCAUGGACUCACAAUAAUGUCAUUCAUGAUGCCUGCACAUCUGACUGAAGUGUUUCUCCCGUUGUGCGUUUAGAUUUUUGUCAAACAAGUGUGCCGUUACCGCUCGAACGUCUCGGCCUCGCAGUUCUCGCCGUCUCUGCUGGAAGGGGACACUUCUGGUCACGGAUUCCUCGGAUGUAAUUUACUCAGUCGCUCAUGUUUAUUUAAAGUACCCGCUCCGAGUGACAAUUGGAUUUCCUAAGUGGGAAAAGCAAGCGUAAUAUGUUUCAAACAUUUUUAUCAUAGCGUUAGAUGAAGAGGUAGCAUGAGCUGUGGUUGAUUUUUUUGUUAUUGACUGUAGCCUUAAACGUUAUCAGUGAUUUGAGCUGUUUGUGUCUGAUAAUGGACCCUUUUCUUUCUGAGUAGAUUACUUAGUUUCCUCUUUAAGACUAUCGUUUCAUUUUAGAAAAGCGUGAACAUCUCACGCUGACACGUGUCCUGUUAAACUACGUUACCAAGUUUGCUUUGGUUGUAUCCAAAUCUGGAAGAAAUGAAGGAAGGCGUGACGGCGAUAGACAGUUUAUGCUUCCCUGCACGUCAAUAUUUUGACACCGUCCACAAGAACAGUUUAGUUUUCCCUGCUUCACUUCGCUCUGAAGUGGUUCUACCUGUUAUGUUCCUUGAAAUCUGUCUUCCUAGUUUAUUUAGAAGAAACACCGCAAACCUUCCCAUUAAAAGCUUACUCAUAAAACACCACAGGGCAACACUACUUGACUAUACUGAGAAAUGUAGCCGCGCAGUUCAUCUAUUUUUCAUCGAGCAGCGGAUCCAUUCCAGCCGUCCGUCCGUCCGUUCUCAGCUCCUCGCUUUCUGACUUUUAGGGUCCCUGAGGUUGGUUAGAGAGGCGGGCAACACUGAGACAAAAAGCCAUGCGCUUACUUUCACCUGAGGCCGAUUUAAAAAGAGACCAAUUAACCUACCACGGAUCUUUUAGUACGAACGUGUGCGCUACAAGUGCACUAAGCUUUCUACUCUCAGGACGUGCAGCAGAUGCAGCUUAGGAGACAGUUUCCUCCUGGGUGCUCCACUGCCAACAUUCACUACAGCCAUGUCAUUCGUCCUUAGUUUAUACUUUAAAAGAGAACUGAUUGGUUUGAUUAUGGUUGCUUAUUGUGAUGCAGUGGAUUGAUUUUUCAAGGUAGUGGAAGAUGAGCUUUUAAAAGUUAGGCUGCCUAUAAAUCAUUGAAAGUAACAAACUCCCACCUGUAAAGCAGGAAAGUGCCUUAAAGUCUGGUGGUUUUUAAUCUAUGAAAGAAAAAUGGUAAUAAUUCAGUAAGGAGGACAGAUUUCCCCCAAAGAGUUCUUCCACUGCUGCCUUGUUUUCCAGUGUGUCACACGUCAUUCAUUUUUGAAGUCGUUAAGAGAUUAUGUACAUUAAUGGCUUCAACUAAUGCGAUGUCUUUUGCACCAUUUCGUUCACUUGCUUUGUGUCUGGUUCUGUUGUUGUACCUUGUAUUUAACAUUUCUACAUAGCAACACUAGUGGUUGCUGCGGUGGCCCUUCCUGCUUUUGUCAUCCAGUGGGUGAUUUGUAGUUUUGCGCAAAUGCCUUGAGAACUGCGCAAGCACUCUUUCUUUGAUUGCAUUUCUGGAAACUGUUGCAUAUUAUUAUUAUUAUUAUUUACUUUUUAUAUUUGAUUAGGAUUGUAAUAAAAGGACUGAUUGUAGGACACAUUCACA